GGAUAGAUGUGAUGGUUGGCCGGUGACGUCACCCGCUCCCUCACCAGCGAGGCGGAAAUGAGAGCUUUUGAAUAUUCACGAGCGGAUCAUCAUCAUCGUCGUCGUCGUCGUCGUCGUCGUUUUACGGGGAGGAUGAUGGCGUCUCCCUGAGCUGGGAGGAGGGGGAGAGCGCCGAGAGACGUCAGCAUCCCCGCUUAAAUCCUUUGUGUUCAACGCGGAUGGCGAAAGAUGACAUGGCAGAAGUAGACGCGGCGCCGUGCGGCGGAGCGGAUUCUACCGCCGCCGCCGCCGACCCCCCCUCGGCGUUCACGUACGAGGAGUACGAAUGCAAAAUUUGCUACAAUUACUUCGACCUCGACCGCCGGGCGCCGAAGAUCCUGGAGUGCUUGCACACCUUCUGCGAGGAGUGCCUGAACACGCUGCACCUCCGCGAGGAGCGGCCGUGGCGCAUCAGCUGCCCGGUGUGUCGCCACCGGACGCCGGUGCCGGACUACCGGAUACAGAACCUGCCCAACAACACCAAGGUGACAGAGGACUUCCCGCUCUAUAUCGACUCCGACCCGCUCCCGCAGGACGCCCUGCCGCCCUACCCUCCGCCGCUGCACCCGGCUCUGGUGGCGCUCCGCCGGGAGGAGGCGUCCGGUGGCGGCCAAGCCACGCCGUCCACCACCGUGUCCACGGCCACCACCCUCUCGCAAGACUCGGCGCGCUACGACAGCUGUCAGAGCUGCAAGCGGGUGGCUCUGACCACCGGAUGCGUGUGCGUGAUCUUCUCCUUCCUGUCCAUGCUGGUGUUGCUCUUCAUGGGCCUGAUCUUCGUGCACAGCCACAGCAUCCCUCCGUCCCCGGCGGGACCCAUCUGCUUGUCGGUGGCCAGCAUCCUGGCCAUGUUCUCGGUGGUGGUGACCUGGCUCAUCUGCUGGCUCAAAUACCGCCCGGACCACGAGACGGGCCGCCCGUCCACCACCGGAAACUCUCGGAGGAACGCCUGAGUUGCUUGGACUUGUCCUCCCUUUUUUUUAUCGAGAAUGAAAUCAUCCUAAAUGGCCUUUAGCUGAUAGCAAACACCCAAAGGCCUUUUGAGGUCAACCGUUCUCUUAUUUUCUCUGCAAAAUAUGCACUUAUGCUCUGCAUCGAGGGUCGGAAUUGGGGGGCUGGGGGGUUAAAUCGCCAAAAUGAUUCCCGGGCGCGACCACCACUGCUGCUCACUGCUCCCCUCACUUCCCAGAGGGUGGAACAAGGGGAUGGGUCAAAUGCAGAGGACACAUUUCACCACACCUGGUGUGUGUGUGACAAUCAAUGGUACUUUAACUUAUAGCAGGGGUGUCAAACUUCUGGAUGGAGAAAAAUCUACUCCCAAGCGGGCCCGGACUGGUAAAAAUCACGGCACGAUAACUUAUAAAUAAAGGCAACUUCAAUUUGGGUUCUUUGUUUAAAAAAUGGAACAAGCUCAUCCUAGAAUUGUAAAAAAAUCAUAAUGUUGUUGUUUUUUUUUAUAUAUAUAGAAUAUAGUUUUAUUCUCAUUAUUGCAGUGAACAGGUUCAGAGAAAUCAUCCUAAAUGGCCUUUAGCUGAUAGUAAAGGCCUUUUGAGGUCAACCGUUCUCUUAUUUUCUCCACAAAAUAUGCACUUAUGCUCUGCAUGGAGGGUCGGAAUGGGGGGGGGGUUAAAUCGCCAAAAUGAUUCCCGGGCGACCACCACUGCUGCUCACUGAUCCUCUCACCUCCCAGAGGGUGCAACAAGGGGAUGGGUCAAAUGCAGAGGACACAUUUCACCACACCUGGUGUGUGUGUGUGACAAUCAAUGGUACUUUAACUUAUAGCAGGCGUGUCAAACUUCUAGAUGGAGAAAAAUCUACUCCCAAGCGGGCCCGGACUGGUAAAAAUCACGGUAUGAUAACUUAUAAAUAAAGGCAACUUCAAUUUGG